AUGAAUUACAUGGAAACACCUACAGGUUUGAAAAUGGUCAUGAACACUGAUCCGUCAGCGGUCGGGAUACCAGAGCUUAUACGGGACAUAUAUAAGGUUAGCCUUUCACUAUCAUUCGUUCUCUGGGAUUUCAUCACUAAUCCUUUGAUAUGA